UGCAAGCGAAUACAGUCCUGUAUUGCCAGUUGCAUUCGCAGAUGAUUGCGCGCGUCUUCAAGUAGUAGAAAAUGCUGGAUGAUGUAUCCCGCUGCACCGGACUUUCCUUAUGUCCUGUCAGAAUGUGAGGAAAUCAAUUCGAUUUUGUAUAAACCGAUUAACUCGACGCAACGAAUAAAGUAUACAUGUUUCGACACUUCAUCAAGUUACAUUAUAUUGGGUUCGACCAGUGGCAGUGUUUACGUGUUUUCCAGAGAACCAUGUUCAUUUUUGCAAAUAAUACCCUUAUCGGAGGGUGUGGUUUCACGUGUAGCGAUAUCACCUGACGAAAAGACUGUAGCAUUAGCAACAACUCGUGGUACAGUCUGUGUAAUGUCUCUGAAAUCUACUCCUCAAUUGAUAGCUAUAUCUAUGGAACAUAUGUACGAACAAAUCACAUGUCUCUGUUGGAAUAAUAAUAGCACCGAUAUAUAUGUAGGAGAUACAAUUGGCAGAGUUUCUGUCAUGGUAUUAUCUAGAUUUGGGGUCAAUGGAAUGUUUCAAACACCGACUUGCACACUGAUGAACUUGGAUUCUAGCAUCGUGCAAUUAAAUUUCUUCUCUCCUUUGCUCUUAGUCUCUACAUUGGCACGUUGUUAUAUCUGUGAUACAGUGCAAGAGCAAUAUAAACAAAUAGGCAACAAACCACGGAAUGGCGAGUUCGGCGCGUGCUUCUAUAAGAUACAUGAGAACACAGCUUUAAACCUGCAAAAGGAGGAGAGGAACAUCAACGAUACGCGUAGUGCGUUUAAUUUGAUCUCCAAUAACGACAGCAAUAUUCUGGGUGAGGAAAAUCACGCGAAGAUUUUUUGUGCUCGACCCGGCUCAAGAUUGUGGGAAGUAUCGGCUGAUGGGAUUGUUGUGAAGACGCAUCAGUUUAAGGAGGCUCUGGCCAUUCCUCCGAUACCGAUUUUUCGAUUAGCUGGCACUUUAGAAUCUAGUCAGAAGGAAGAAACGGAGCGCGAGUGGCCACCGCAAUCCAUUAACUUUUCGCAUUUACUCGUGAUCGCGCGCAGAUAUUUAUUUUCCUACACAAAUAGUGGCGUGUAUAUUAUUGAUCCCAUUAGCGCAUCCGUGUCACUGUGGAGCAACGAGUAUACAAAUAUCGCCAUGACUGCGGUCGUGGAUGAUCGAAUCUACCUGAUGACCUGUGAUAGCGAGUUUCAUUGUCUAGCGUUAUCGUCGUUCGAUAGCUUGAUAUUGCGAUUAUAUCGUCACGAACGGUACAGCGAAUGCCUAAACGCAUGCUUUGUAUAUAAGUCGCUAUUAUUAAAAACCGUUGAUUCUAAAGAGAUCAUCGAGCUGUUUGAGAUGGAAGAUCUGCCGCAAAUAUCGCGAGACGAAGAAGCGCUGUUAUUGUUGCGGCCAUUAAUAACACUUUUGCAAACCGAUAGUAAUAAUAAAUCAGCUAAACUGGAUUCUGGAAUUGUAGUCGUGCAUUCGGAAAAUGAAGGAUUCACGAAUAGAAGAACAUACGGCUGUGAAACAACGUCCGCGCUGCAAUCUCCUGAAACAUCUAGCGAAGAUUCGUCUGAAAUACAAAUAAUGUCCGGGAAGGAUCGGGACGAAAAUCUUGCACAAGAAGAUAUAUUUGAAACAACUUCAGCGGAUGUACUUGAUCUAGACGAAGAAUUGUUGGAAAAUAUUAAAGGCGAUAAUUGUGAAAAUCUUCACGAUCCACAACAAAGUAUAAUGCAUAAGAUCCAAUCCGACUUACAACCGAUUUACGAUCUAGCAAACAGCGUCAGACCUAGUAUAUCGGAAAAAGAAAUCGAAGAGAUCAUUUUAGAGACGGAUAAGCUGAUGCGAACUAUUAAGGAGUCCUAUAGAAAUUCAUCUGGACUUCAAAGUUUCAUUUACGAAAUUACUCGCGCUGCCGAAUUGCACUAUUAUAAUACAUUUUUGGAAAAUGCUUCCGUUCAGUUGCUCCACUUCAUCAGCAAUGAUUUAAUUGUGCGACAAUUCGUACGGGCCUUUAUUCAAAUCAACUCAUCAGCCUAUGCCAGAUGUAGCUGUGGUUAUCCCUAUCCGAUGGAUAAGACAGUGGAGCCGAAAUUCCUAACGAUUGGCAAAUCCUUGAUCAAGAGAUAUGUGGAUGUCGAUCUGUUGAAAGAAUGUAAUAAUAUCUGCGAUCAGGUACCUUACAUGUGGCGCGAAUACCUGGCCGUUCGCAUCGAGCGGCAUAAUACGCUAGACGAUGUAUUAAGACAGUGCCUUCAGACAAGGGACAAGGUCGUGUUGUCAUUCCUUCUGCCGGCAUUGAACGAGCAACAAUGGAAUUGUAUCAGCACGUGCCUGGGCGAGAUCGAGGAAGGCACUUGUCUGUUUUGCGCGAUGCCUUUGAUUGAGAAACCCGAUUACAACAUACUCAUAGAUUGGAGCGGUAUUGCCGGAGAAAUCAUGAAGAGAGAAGGACCAGAUGAGGCAACAGCGUUUCUGAUUAAGCUGGAAAGUAUGAUGCCGAAUGUUACUUUCGACAGAAGUAUAUUCCAGUCUAUUGUAUUUACAAAAAUACUGCAUCAUCGUGGUUUGAAGAAGUUGAUCGAUUUCAAUAAAACUAAUCAAUUAUCAUCGGAAUUCGGUACAAUGUGUUCGCCACAGGUGCGCGAUCAUUUAGCGAAAUCCCUUGAGAAAGAUUUAAGGCGACCGAUAAAUAAAAACGUAUUUGGAACAGGUGCCCAUCAUUGGGGUAUGAGUCAUCAAGCUAAAUCAUCGACGUGUCCAUGUUGCACAUUAUCUUUACAGACGCCAAUUUUACUGGGUAAUAGUGGAAUUGCGAUUUUUCGCUGCGGCCAUGCCUAUCAUGUAAAUUGUAUGAUAGAGAGAAAGCUCACUAGAUGUAAUCUUCAUUAGCAAAUAUUGUAAAUACAAGUUAAUAUGAGAAAUAAAAAAAGAGUUACAUCGACAUUGUACAUGUCUCUUAAAUUAAAUCUCUCUUCAUAUAUGUAUAUUUUAAUUGUUGUCUAUCGUUUAUAAAUUUAUUAAGAAUUAUUCUCUUUCUCUCGCAAAUAUACUUGGAUUUAUUAUCUCAGUACAUUCAGUUAUCACAGUUGGAAAUUGAACAGAGUUUUCACAAUCAAAUUUCUUAAAUUAAUUAUAAGAACAAAAUCGCUAUGAUACAAAUGCUAUUGUAUCAUCUCGAUAGAGCGCAUCUUUUAAAAUCACCGGCUCUUACGUAUUCAUUAUUAAAAUUUUUUUUAAUUGCAAUAAGAUAAAGCUAUUGAUCACAAUUGCGAUAAAUGAUUAUAGUUUCUUGUGUACAGAGAGUUGUUAGAUAUAUAUAUAUAUAUAUAUGUGUGUACAGUAUC